AUGCCGGUAUUCAAGAAGCCAAAUUUUGCGCUGAAGGUUGAACAGCCAAAGUCGACAUUUGCGGAAGGGAAUGCGAGAUGGACGAACAAAGAUCUCGAUCCUGUUCCUCGACAUGGGCGAAAGUGGGGAGUGUCGAGCUUCCUCGCGUACUGGAUUUCUGAUGCUUUCAACGCUGCGACAUGGCAAUUUGCAUCGAGUAUCAUCGCAAUUGGCCUAACAUGGCGCGAGUCCCUCGGGAUAGUCGCUCUUUCAUUCUUUAUCAUCUCCUUCGUGAUCGCCCUGAACGGCGCAAUCGGUGUGAUCCACCACGUGCCCUUUCCUGUACUCGCACGCGCGUCUUGGGGAUUCUGGGGCUCCUAUAUCGCCAUCAUAUCGCGCGCCAUCCUCGCCGUCUUCUGGUUCGCUAUCCAAAAUAUGAACGGUGCCAACAGCAUCAGAGUCAUGAUCGCCGCUAUCUGGCCCUCGUUUUUGACAAUGCACAACGGGAUUCCUGAGUCUCAGGGCAUCGAGACAAACACAUUGAUCAGCUUUUUCAUCUUUUGGGUGAUAUCGUUGCCGUUCUUGUGCAUCCAUCCGAACAAUCUGCGUUGGCUGUUCAUGGCCAAGUCGAUCAUUGUGCCGAUUGCAUGGAUCGCGAUCUUGAUCUGGGCAUUCAGGUCCACGGGCGGCGGCGGCGAGAUGUUUAAUCAAAAGGCUACGCUCUCGGGAUCGGCUUAUUCCUGGGCUUUCUUGUCGAGCAUGACUUCGGUUAUUGGAAACUAUGCGACCCUUUCUGUCAAUCAGGCUGAUUUUUCGCGUUAUUCUCGCGUCAGUGUCAAAUGGCAGAUCAUAUACGUUCCUUUCUUACCGCUCGUCUUCACAUUCAUCGCCUUCAUCGGUAUCGCGGCCACCUCCGCCGGUCAGAUCAAAUACGGCGAACUGGACUGGGACCCUAUGGCUCUGAUCGCCCAUUGGGACAAUCGUGCAUGCCGCUUCUUCGGCGCGUUCAGCUUCGCACUCGCCGCACUCGGUGUCAAUAUCUCCGCAAACUCGCUCUCCGCUGCAAACGAUUUGACAGCGUUAUUCCCGCAAUACGUCAACAUCCGUCGCGGACAGUUGCUUUGCGCCAUCCUCGCUUGGGCGCUCGUUCCCUGGAAGAUUCUGAAGAGCGCAGGAAAUUUUUUGAACUUUAUGGCUGCGUAUGCAGUCUUCCUUGGGCCUAUUGCUGCAAUCAUGGUGUUUGACUUUUGGCUUGUUCACAAGCGCAAAUACGACACUCUUGCACUGUACCAACCGCAUGGCAUCUACCGCUAUACUUAUGGCAUGAAUUGGCGUGCUGUCGUCGCAUUUGUUGUUGGAGUUGCACCCAACAUGCCCGGAUUCAUCCAGUCUAUCAAUCCGAAGAUCGACGCUGGAGUGGGAGCAUUACCAUAUCAUUUCGGGUGGCUGCUUGGUUUCACGGCGACGAGUUUAGUCUAUGUGGUCUUGAGUAUGUUGGUCGCGCCGCCGAGAGAGACGUUCAUCGAUAGGGCGGUACUGCCGGACGAAGUGUAUGAUGAGCAAAGUAUUGUGCAUGAGGGCUUGUCUGUCCACGGAAGCGGUAGCGGAGACGAAGAAGGAAGAUUAGAGAAGACUGGUUGGAAGGCGAAGAUGAACAGGAUUCUGUGA